GCUUUUUCACGAAGAAGAAGACACAGUCAGACAGCCCCAGCUUCAUAAAUCAGACUUUGGAGUGUUUUCAUUCCAGAGCUACCCAAAACCACCAAGCCUCCAUGAGCUACGCCUGACCCAGGCUCUGUAAAAGACACAGUAUUUGACAUCUUAACCCAGGCCAACGGUGCUGACUUCCUACUCUGCAACACCCAGACAGCAGGUCCCCAGACCAACGCACAAUGGAAAACCACACCACAGACGCAGACAACUGGGAACUGACAACAACAUAUGACUAUGGUGAAGCAGCACCGUGUGAGGGAACAGAGGAAAAGCACUUAGCAGCAAAGCUUUUGCCACCACUUUAUUCUUUGGUGGUGAUAUUUGGCCUCACAGGCAACAUGCUUGUUGUCCUUAUCCUGGUAAAAUACAAGAGAUUGAGGAGUAUGACUGACAUCUACCUGCUCAAUUUGGCAAUUUCUGAUUUGCUCUUUGUAUUUUCUCUCCCUUUCUGGGCUUAUUAUGCUGUUCACGACUGGAUUUUUGGGGAGGCGCUGUGCAGAAUUCUCUCUGGUGUCUACCUCCUUGGCUUCUACAGUGGGAUUUUCUUCAUAAUCCUGCUGACCUUAGACAGGUAUCUGGCCAUAGUGCACGCAGUGUUUGCUCUGAAAGCCAGGACAGUUACCUACGGCAUCCUCACCAGCGUGGUCACUUGGGCUGUAGCAGUGUUUGCUUCUGUUCCUGGGAUGGUAUUCCACAAAACUCAGAAGGAAAAUGCACGUUAUACUUGCAGUGCUCAUUAUCCAAGUGGUACCAGAAUCAACUGGAAGUACUCCUAUACUUUAAAGAUGAACAUCCUGGGACUUAUUGUUCCAAUGGUUAUUAUGAUUUUCAGUUACUCACAAAUUCUAAAAACACUACUGAGGUGUAAGAAUGAGAAGAAACAGAAAGCAGUCAGGCUUAUUUUUGUGAUCAUGAUCUUUUACUUCAUCUUCUGGACACCGUUCCAUGUUUCGUCUUUUCUGCACACAUUUCAACGUGUACUUUUUGUCGUAACUUGUGAAAUUGAAGGUCAGCUGUAUAAAGCAAUCCAAGUGACAGAAACAAUCUCCAUGAUCCACUGUUGUAUCAACCCUGUGAUCUAUGCAUUUGUUGGAGAAAAGUUUAGGAAGUACCUCUGUGCCUUCUUCAGAAAGCACGUUGCUGCCCACCUCUGCAGGAAAUGCCCAGCUCUUUAUCAUGAGAAACUAGAAAGAGUUACUUCCACAUUCACAUCAUCCACUGCAGAGCAUGACAUCUCUACUGGACUGUAAAGAUACCCUAAAACAUUAGUUAGGAAUUGUUGUGUCACUUGCUUUGCCUUAGGGACCGCCUGAUGCUGUUGAAGGUCUUUCUGUCAACCGCUACUGAAUGACCCUCAAUUCUUGUGGUUAACUGUUCCCUGGGGUUAUAUAUAGCAUUUUCCAUUCUUAAACUAAGAGGAUCAUGGAGUUCUCCAGAACAUCAAGAUUUGAGUGGGGCCUAAAACAGUAUAAUUCUGUUUCUUCGCCUAAAUUCUAUCCAAUGAACCAAUGCUAGUGAGAUCUACCUGGGGGCAAUACAGUAUUGAAGAGGUUAAGGAGUAAUAUGUCAUCUCACAAGAGCCAUUUACCGGUGCGUGAACGCUGUAAGAUGAACACUGGGAUGAAGCUUUGAGGAUAGAUAUACCUGUUUAGUAUUCAGCAUUAAUGGGGCAACUUUUGCAAGUGACUGUAUCCUGUCUGCAACAUGGUCAUAGGCUUUUGAUAGGGGGAGGCUUUUAGUUUUCUUCAUUUCCAGCCCCUUAUUUCCCCUACAUGAAUAAAAGAUAUUUCCAUGAAAAGGAAUUUGAGGAUGAAUAUGCGAUAGAUCAAUGUUAUAUAUCUCCUCUGAUGGGAGAGUUGACACACCUUUAUCUCACAGGGCCAUUUAACUCAGGGAUUUAGCUGUUAGCUAACUGUAGUAAUUUUAACAUAAUCCUUUUGACUAUAGGCUAAGUUAUAGUAUUUUUAAUGUAGCUCUUUAAUGUUAUGCCUGCCAUAUCAUGGUUCAGUUCCUAACAUUUUCCAAAGUGGGCUUUGUGGAUGCAGUUUUUCCCCAAGAAAGCUGCACUUAACCAAUAAAAGCCCCUGAGCAGAGAUCUGCAAGGCCAGAAUGACAGUCACCUUGGUGUUUGCUAUGCAACAUUCUGUGUUAAAAAAGUACCAGGACUCGCUGAAGGAUUCUGGAGACCAUGAGCACAGCACUGAGUGGAGGCCUCCCUAGUUCUGGGCAGGUAAAUCACGUGUGUAGAGGAAGACUUUACAUGGCAGAUGCAGCAAGUGUGUCAGGUUAGGCUCCUGCCUGAGAAAAACAUGCUCUUCACAGACCCGAAGUGUGAUGCUUGGGAUACAUCUUUAGGCAGACAGUAGCCUUGGAACUGCAAAAGCAGCCAACUGCAGACAAGUGUGCCUGGAGAAGAGUGCUCAUGGCCUACUGGAGCCACAGCUAGAACUGCAUGCUGAUUGAAGACUCGAGACCAUUAGUCAACUGGUGUCCUAUGGCCAUGUAUUUAUGCCAUUACUGUAAAAGAAAGUGGUGUUCUGGUUAGCAAACAUCAUUCCAGAGGAGGACACCAGCGUGUUUCAUUGUUAGCAUGAUGUUAGCAAAGAGGAAGAGGGAGAACUUCUUGCUUCAAACUGUAAGGAAGUGCAGGUGAACACUUUAUAUAAGUGAAUUGUCCUCCUGCUUUUUUCCCCAUUUACUUCACGGGGCACCACUCAUGCAGGUAAGGCCUUGCUCAUGGAAAUCUGGAAGUUCAACUAACCUCCAGGCAACGUGAGGACACAAGAGGGGAUUCCACGCUAAUUAACAUUAGGCACCUGAUUCAGAUGCCUAAAUUAACAGCAAAUCUCUUCAAGGUCCCUCAGUGGUCAGCAGAGAAAAAGAGAUGCCGAAGUCAGAAGCAGAUAUAUGAUUUAAAUAGGAAGAUUACCCAUCCAACUGCAGGAGGAACAUAGAAAAGCCUCUUCAUUUACGUAUCAGAUAUCUUAAUCCAGGUGGUGCAAAUACUCUUCUCCCUCAAGCCUUGUAACAUCAAACACUGCUUCUGUUAGUCGUUAGUUUUUAUCUGAUCAGCUAUUAUAAUCUGGUGACUGUCUUGUGAUGUUAAUAGCCACAAAACAAAAGACCAAAAACUAUCCCCACAGUAAACUUUGCUUGGAAAUAA